CCUCGCCCCGUCUCUGGCUGCCGGCGGAAGUCCUCGGCAGGAGGUCACGAGUGGUUUGCUGAGCCUGUUGAGAAGGUCGCUGCCCGUGGCGCCAUGGCCACGUUGCCGGCAGUCGUGGAGGAGCUCCUGAACGAGAUGGCCGCAGCGGUGCGGGAGAGCGCGCGAAUUCCGGAUGAGCAUCUAUUAUCGCUGAAGUUCAUCUUUGGCUCGUCAGCCAUCCAGGCCUUGGACCUAGUUGAUCGAAAGUCCAUCACUUUAAUUUCAUCACCCAGUGGACGGUGUAUUUACCAGGUACUUGGAAGUUCUGGUAAAACGUAUAUAUGUUUGGCUUCUUGUCAUUAUUGUUCGUGCCCUGCAUUUGCCUUCUCAGUGCUGCGGAAAAGUGAUAGCUUACUGUGCAAGCAUCUCUUGGCAGUUUAUCUUAGUCGGGUUAUGAGGACCUGUCAGCAGCUCAGUGUCUCUGACAAGCAACUGACUGAAAUACUGACAGAGAAGAAACAAGAAGCAUAAAAGGUGCAGACGGAGCAUUGUUUUCAUUCAAACCAGAAGCCCAUCAAGAGACACAUGUAACACAUCAUGGUCCAUAAGGAAGAAGUAAAGUGGAUCUUCCAGAGACUUCUUGUUUUCCUUCCUACAGUCCAGGAGGGUUGUUGCUUUGGACUGGGGAGGGUGCAUGCAUGGUUGGGAGCCCUCUGCAGUCUCCUCAUGAAAAAUUGUCUCUCAAUGGAAUCAAGAAUUAUAGAUUCAAAUGCAAUGUUGUGUCCACAAUUAGGUUCUUAAGUGACUGAAUUACCAGUGAUUUUUAAAAGGUUGGGAUGUUAGGCCAAACUGAAUACGAGUAAGUUUAUGUAAAUAGGUGUUGGUUAUUUUCCUCAGGCCCAGAAAGUUACUGAGCAGCAAUAAAAGAUUAGGGCAAAGACAUGGCUAAACAGCAAGGUCCUGGAUUCACUAAGCUUCAGAUAUCAGUGGUGUUGGGGUCAAAACAACUUAAGUAGGCUAUAUUGUUAAAGGUAGUAUGAAGAACAAGGGCAGAGCUGGGUUUGCUGUGAGAGCGUUUCUGAGCUUUAUAACAGGAAAAACAAAGUAACAGACUAAAAAUUGCAUUCUGGAAAGCAUCUGGAUACUACUAGGGAUUUUCAGUUUGAAGAAGAAAAGACAAAAUAAUAGGUACCAGAUGGGCCCCAAGAGAGCAAAGCAGCAAUGAUAACAUGAAAAUGAGACAGGUUCAGCCCACAACAAGAACCUAAUAUAGGUAAAGUCAUCCAAAACCAAAAGAGGAUUGUAGGGGGACAGGAAUUCCCUGUCCCUGGAGGGGCUCAUAAAUCUACAGUAUCCUUGCAGGAGCUGAAGAAAUGAACAGACAGAUGAAAUGAAUGACUACAGCCUAGGAAACUCCUAUCCUUGUGCUCCAAAACCACAGGAUGCUAAUGAAUAAAUGGCUGGGUGAAAAGCCCAAGGCUAAGCAUGUUGCAGUGCUGAUUGGCAGAGCCCUGUAUUACAUUGAGGUAUUGCGGGAGAGUGAGACUGACGACUUUGUUAAUUGGGAAACUUGGACUGAGUUACCAACUUACUUUUUUUUAAGCAGCUUUCAGGGUAAAGUAUUGACAAACAGUAGUACAGCUGUGUAUAGCAAGUCAUUGAAGCACCCUAAGCUUGUUUUUAAGUGUUUUUAUUUCACUGAAUAUACACACACAGUUAUGUAACUUUACCUAAUUUUCAUACUUUCAGUUCUAGUAACUGGCCAAACUUGAACUUGGGAGAGAAGCAAAAUUCAGUUCCUAGCUCUAGAAAGGGGAAUCCAAUGGAGAAAGGCUCCCAUUUCUCCAGUUUCUUCCUCUAGUGUUUUACAAAUGGAAAAGAAUGGAGCUUAAAAUUACUUGAUGAUAGUUCUACUUAGGAGAGUAUCAUUCCCUAAAUAUAGCAGUUUCUUGAUUGAAGAAUUAUGUUUUUAGUUUUCUUAGUUGUCUUCCUGGGAACAAGUAUAGAUUACU